AUGUCAAAAAAACAGGAAUAUAUCGCGCCAAUAAAAUACCAAAACAGCUUGCCUGUACCACAAUUACCUCCUAAACUUCUGGUUUACGAAGAUGCUCCGGAGACAAAUCCAGACUCCUCCCAAUUGAUCAAUUCCCUAUACACCAAGACGAACGUCAGUAACCUCAUUCAACAAGAUGAUGAUUUGGGCAUGCCGGUUGAUUUGAUGAAAUUUCCGGGCCUGUUGAACAAACUAGAUUCUAAACUGCUUUACGGUUUUGAUAAUGUCAAGUUAGCCAAAGAUGAUCGAAUCUUGCUGAGGGACCCUAGAAUAGACAGGUUGACCAGGACCGAUGUAUCCAAGGUUACCUUCUUAAGACGUACCGAAUAUGUCUCCAACACAAUUGCUGCACACGAUUCCACGUUCUUGAAAAGGAAAAGAGGUUUGGGCGAUGAAGAUUCAGAUGAUGAAAACCUUGAUGUCAACCAUAUAAUCAAGAGAGUGGAGAAAACCUUCAACAAAACAGAUACAUGGAAACAUCCAGUUAAGAAGGGAGUUAAGAUGGUCAAAAAAUGGGACUUGUUGCCCGAUACGGCGUCAAUGGACCAAAUUUAUUUUAUCUUAAAAUUCAUGGGUAGUGCGUCGUUGGACAGCAAAGAAAAGAAAGCGUUGACUACAGGCGUAUUCAGGCCAGUGGAACUGGAAGAGGAUGAAUGGAUUUCCAUGUAUGCCACCGAUCAUAAAGAUUCUGUCAUUUUGGAGACUGAACUGGAAAAGGGUAUGGAUGAAAUGGACGAUGACUCCCACGAAGGUAAGGUAUACAAAUUCAAAAGGAUAAGGGACUACGACAUGAAACAGGUGGCUGAAAAGCCAAUGACCGAGCUAGCUAUACGUUUAAAUGAUAAAGACGGCAUUGCCUAUUACAAACCGCUACGUUCAAAGAUCGAAUUAAGGCGCAGAAGAGUAAAUGAUAUCAUCAAACCGUUAGUGAAAGAGCACGACAUAGAUCAGUUGAACAUUACUCUGAGGAAUCCUAGUACCAAAGAAGCUAAUAUAAGAGACAAGUUGAGAAUGAAGUUCGAUCCUAUAAAUUUCGCCACCGUGGACGAAGAAGACGAAGAAGAGGAGGAAAAACAUGAUGAUGCCAAAGAAGAAUUAGAGGAAGAUCUCGAAAAGGAAGACCCCAAACCAGAAAGCGUGAGUGAGCAAGAUGAAGUAACUAAACAGGAUGCAAAGCCAGCGCCUGAAACUCCUGAAACUUUAGAUACCAUCAGUACCGAGCAGGAACCAAAGGAACCAGAGGAACUGAAAGACACUCCAGGACAAGAAUAA